AAAUGGCUUUCCUCAGGGCAAAUACCGAUUCUACUCUCUCUACGACCUUCUUUGCAACCUUCUUUGAUUCUCUCUAUACCCGGGCAGGCCCGCAAUUCUUUCGUUUAUUCUCUGCAUAUCGCCAUCUUUACUUUCAGCCUUCGUUAAUACCUGCUCGUCAAGAUGAGAACCGCACAACUUUUUGCUCUUGCCAACGCUGGUGCCGUUGCCCUCGCCUCUGUCGAGCUCUUCUCCCAGUGUGGCGGUAGCCUCUACAAUGGUGACACCGAGUGUCCCUCCGACUCGACCUGCACUGUUAUCAAUGAUUGGUACAGUCAGUGUGUUCCCAGCACCGAUAGCAGUGCUGCAGAAACUCCUGCCUUUGGCAAUGGCGGUGCUAUAAGCGCCCCUGACUUUGGCAACGGCGGCCAGGCCACUGAGUCCCCCAGCUCUUCUGUGGAUGACGACGACGAGACCGAGACCGAUGACAGCAGCACCCCCGUCGAGACCAACUCGAGCAAUGAUGAUGAGACCGUCGUCACCACCCCGGCUGCCUCUUCCACUCCCAGCACUGGCAAUGGAAGCUCUGACAGUGAUGCCACUCCUACUGGAAUCACUCGCACUCUGCCUGCCUCAAGCGGUGCCGUUGCCUCUUCCACUGCCAUCGUCGUGAGCGGCACCUUCGACGGUGAGAUGUACAACUACGAUCGAUCACCUUCUGUCUGUCAAGACCAGACGGAGACCGGUGAGGACGACGCCAUGUUCAUCCUCGAGGACGGUGCUACCCUCAAGAAUGUCAUCAUCGGCGCCGGCCAGGCUGAGGGUGUCCACUGCCAGGGUACUUGCACCCUGAUCAACGUAUGGUGGGAGGAUGUCUGCGAGGACGCCGUCACGUUCCUUCAGGAGUCAGGCACCUCUCAGAUCAUUGGCGGCGGCGCGUUCCACGCCUCCGACAAGGUUGUUCAGUUCAACGGCAAGGGCACAGUCGAGAUCUCCAACUUCUACGUCGAGGACUACGGCAAGCUAGCCCGUAGCUGCGGUAACUGCGACGGCAAUACCGGCCCCCGCAACUUCGUCAUCGACAACGUCGCGGCCGUCGACGGUGGCCCGCUCUGCGGCAUAAACACCAACUACGGCGACACCUGCACCAUCACCAACUCCUGCCAGGACAGCGGCGAGAGCUGCACCCUCUACACCGGCAACGACACCGGCGAUGAGCCCACCAAGCUCAGCGAGGGCCCCGACGGCACGUACUGCGUCGCCGACACCUUCUCUGAUACUUGCUAAGGGGUGCGAGCUUGUUUUUGUUCCCCCUAUUGCGUGUAUAUAUUUGAAAGCAAAAGAUGCGAAUGUGUAUAAGAGAUGUAUAACAGCACGGUUUGAGACCACUAGCUGAAGAGGCACAGGCAGGAGUACUGUUCCCAACCUAGUUUGUCCAACCAUAUAAUAAUAUUG